AUGAAGUCUUAUCAAGUUUUAUUUCUUAUUUCUUAUACUUUAAUUAAUUUCUUAACAUUAUGUUAUGGUUCGGCUGAUGUUUACACUGAUGGAAUGUAUAUAAAAGAUGAAUCAGAUCGAAUUCGUAUUUAUCAUGGAACUAAUUUUGUUAAUAAAGGUUUUCCAUGGUAUCCACUCGAAUUACUUGAUCCUAUUUUUGUUGCAAAUUUAUCAUCAUGGGGUUUGAAUUUUGUUCGACUUGGGAUGAUGUGGGAAGGUGUUGAACCAAAUCCCCAACAAUAUAAUUAUACUUAUUUAAAUAUAAUGAAAGAUAUAGUAAAAUUACUUGAAUCAAAUGAAAUUUUUGUGUUAUUUGAUAUGCAUCAAGAUGUGUUAAGUAGUCGAACAGGUAGUUAUGAUGGGAUACCAUCAUGGUUAUAUGAUAAAUUUCCAGCACCUGCUCAUCCAUAUCCUUGGCCAUUUAAAAAAGUUGGAAGUGAUUGGUUUCUUGGUUAUCUAACAGAAGCAUGUUCGCAUGGUUUUCAAAGUUUAUAUGAUAAUGCUGGUGGUGCAGUUGAAUCUAUGAGUAAUUUUUGGCGUUUAGUAGCAACUAAUUUCAAUUCAUAUUCAAAUUUAUUAGGAUAUGAAUUAAUUAACGAACCAUGGGCUGGAAAUUAUUUAACUAAUCCAUUUUUACUUUUACCUGGUGUAGCUGGUUCAACAAAUCUUCAACCACUUUAUGAUAAAAUUUCUAAAUCAAUUCGAUCAGUUGAUAAUAAAACAUUAAUUUUUUAUGAACCUGUCACUUGGGGAGUUCGACUUAAUGGAAAAUAUAUGGGUAGUGGAUUUUCUCAUGUUCCAGGUGGUAAUGAUUAUCGAAAUCGUAGUGUUUUCUCUUAUCAUUAUUAUUGUACUAUUUUACAAAUCAAACCUGUUCCAGGUAAUGAGACAAUUCCAGGAUUUGAUCGAGUUUUAUGUGAUGAUAUUGAAGGCCCCGCUUUAUUUGAUUCAACUUUGAUUGAUGUUAAACAAUUAGGUGGUUCAUCAUUUUUAACUGAAUUUGGUGGAUGUGAUGAUUCACCAACAUGUGAUGAACAACUCAAUUGGGCUAUGAAAAAUACUGAUCAAUAUUUUCAAUCAUGGGCUUAUUGGGGAAAUGUUUAUAAUAAUAUGAAAAAUCUAAAAUUAAUAACUCGACCAUAUGCACGUGCUAUUGCUGGUCAACCAAAUAUGAUGAAUUUUGAUGUUAAUUCAAGAUUAUUUUCUUUAACUUAUUAUCUUGAUACAUCAAUUAAAAAAGCAACAGAAAUUUAUGUUCCAUCAUUAGUUUAUCCGAAAUCAACUUAUAAUAUUACUGUUAAUGAAUAUAUUCAAUGGAAAGUUGAUCCAAUCAAUACAAAUAUUAUUCUUAUCGAACCAACUCAAUAUUAUAUUUCUAAGAAAGAAAAAAAUCUUUUAGGAAUCAUACAAAUUGCUCCAACAGCCUAA